GUCAAUAAGUUCCAUACCUAAUUCCUUUACAACAUGUGAUAGAUAGUUCGCCAAGAAAUAAAUAGUUUUGAAAAUGUCCGAUAAUUCACCGAGAAGAAGUUUAAAUUUACAGGGUGUGCUGAAAUAUGCUGUCGCACACACCACAAGCCAAGAAGACGAUGCAAAGCCAAGCACCGAUCUAGAUGACGAGAAAAGUCGAUUCCUAGAGGGUGCACUAAAUUCACUCACAGUCGGCGCAUCAAACGAUUUUAAAACCGCACUGGAAAUUCUGGACAGCCCAGAGACGAGUACAGAGGAAAAAAAGGAAAGUCUAAAUCAUCUAAGAAGCCACAUUGAUGACAUCGAUUUGGCGAAUUCCCUGGCCAAAAUGGGCGGCACAAAGACCUUAAUCCGAUAUAUAACAAUGCCGGAAGAGGACCUGCAGGCAUUGUCCAUUAAUAUCGUCGCUGAGAUGGCACAAAAUAACAUAUUUUGCCAGGACAUUUUCACCAAGGAGAAAUUUCUGCCUGCGCUUACACGAAAUUUGAGUGAAGGGAAUGAGAACGCGAAUAUAGUUCGCUGUUCCAUAUAUGCCAUAUCAUCGAUAAUUCGAAGCUUUCAGCCAGGCAUGAAUGAAUUUAAGCGAAUAAAUGGUAUUAAGGCUCUACUACCGUGCCUGAAGUCUUCCAAUUCAGAUGUCUAUAUAAAAGCAGCAUUUCUCAUAGCAUCCUUAUCAUCGCUGGACAAGUCCCUCAGAGAUGCAUUUCUAAAGGCCGACGCAUUUUCUAUAUUAUUUGAAAACCUAAGGCCGAUCGAUUGCUUUGAUGUGAAACAGGAGACCACACUUUAUGCACUUUCCACCCUCUCGUUGAAGUCGAAUCUGAAACUAUCGGCGGGGAAACGCAAGGAUUUGGACCUUAUUUUGGCACAAAUAAUCUCAAAAAACAACCAAAACGAAAAUUGCGAGGACAUGGUUAAUUAUGCAAAAAAUAUUGUGGAAAACUUAAAAACACUGCCUUGAAUAAUAUAAGAGUCACAGAAA